AUGAUUAUCUAUGAUGAACACCGGGGGUGUCAUUUUUACCAAUGGCUGGUGUUAAGGCCAGAGGAAACGUCCAAGUCUGGUGUCUGGGCCGGAGGAAACGUCCAAGUCUGGUGUCAGGGCCGGAGGAAACGUCCAAGUCUGGUGUCACGACCGAAGGGAACGUCCAAGUCUGGUGUCAGGGCCGAAGGAAACGUCCAAGUCUGGUGUCAGGGCCGGAGGAAACGUCCAAGUCUGGUGUCACGACCGGAGGAAGCGUCCAAGUCUGGUGUCAGGGCCAAAGGAGUACGGGCUAAUCCUACUGUAGGAGUACGGGCUAAUCCUACUGUAGGAGUACGGGCUAAUCCUACUCUAGGAGUACGGGCUAAUCCUACUCUAGGAGUACGGGCUAAUCCUACUGUAGGAGUACGGGCUAAUCCUACUGUAGGAGUACGGGCUAAUCCUGCUGUAGGAGUAGGGGCUAAUUCUACAGAAGGAGUAGGGGCUAAUUCUACUGUAGGAUUAGGAGCUAAUCCUGCUGUAGGAGUAGGGGCUAAUCCUGCUGUAGGAGUAGGGGCUAAUCCUGCUGUAGGAGUACGGGCUAAUCCUGCUGUAGGAGUAGGGGCUAAUCCUGCUGUAGGAGUACGGGCUAAUCCUGCUGUAGGAGUACGGGCUAAUCCUGCUGUAGGAGUACGGGCUAAUCCUGCUGUAGUAGUACGGGCUAAUCCUACUGUAGGAGUACGGGCUAAUCCUACUGUAGGAGUACGGGCUAAUCCUGCUGUAGGAGUACGGGCUAAUCCUGCUGUAGUAGUACGGGCUAAUCCUGCUGUAGGAGUAGGGGCUAAUCCUGCUGUAGAAGUACGGGCUCAUCCUACUGUAGGAGUACGGACUAAUCCUACUGUAGGAGUAGGGGCUAUUCCUGCUGUAGGAGUACGGACUUAUCCUGCUGUAGGAGUAGGGGCUAAUCCUGCUGUAGGAGUAGGGGCUAAUCCUACUGUAGGAGUACGGGCUAAUCCUGCUGUAGGAGUACGGGCUAAUCCUACUGUAGGAGUACGGGCUAAUCCUACUGUAGGAGUACGGGUAAUCCUGCUGUAG